UGGUCAAAGACCUGCCCUGCUGCCACGAAUAAAGUUCAACUUUCUUCAAUCAAAUUGCAGAUCUAGAGGAUUACUCUCAGUUCAUCUGUGAGCAAGAAAGACUGGUCGUCCAGCCAUCAUGAGUGCAUGUGGGAGAGCUGAUUUCUGCUUUCUGCUCCUUCUUGGUCUGACUUUGUGUCCACUUUGUGUGACAGCAGGGAAAAUCCUAAUCUGGCCUGAGGAUUUCAGUCACUGGCUCAACAUCAAAAUCAUCAUAGAUGAGCUUAUAGAAAGAGGACACAGUGUGACUGUAGUUACCCAAAGUGCUACACAGUCGAUAAAGACAGAUCAGUCUUCAGGCUACAAUGUGGAGGUCAUACAGGUGCCUUACAGUAAGAAGGAUGUUGGUGACAUAUAUGCAAGGCUUUUAAAAUACUGGAUGUACGACCUGGAGAAUGACAACAUGAUACAGGGUUUUGUGAAGUUAAGUGAAUUAAUCAAUGAUAUGUUCGAGCAGAAUCACGCACUAUGCAGAGAGGUUUUUGCACGUGAAGAUCUGCUGGAGAAGUGGAGAAAGGAGCAGUUUGAUGUUCUUCUGACAGACCCUGCGAUUGUAUGUGGGGAACUGCUGGCACAGAAGCUGAACCUGCCGUUCAUCCACACUCUAAGUUUUAGUUUUGCGAGAGCUAUGGAGCGACACUGUGGAAAGCUGCCAGCGACACCAUCCUAUGUUCCUGCACCUGGCAGGCUCUACACAGAUCACAUGGACUUCCUUCAGAGAGUAAACAAUUUUUUGUUUGUUGUCUUGACAGAUAUAGCGUUUGACCUUAUGGCUGUGGCGAAAUGGGAUCGGCUCUUCACAGAAGUCCUGGGCAAACCUACGACACGUUGUGAAACUUUGGGCAAAGCUGACAUGUGGUUAAUCCGCACUUAUUGGGACUUUGAAUAUCCAAUGCCACUUCUCCCAAAUUUCCAAUUUGUUGGUGGAAUGCAUUGCAAGCCUGCAAAACCUUUACCAAAAGAGAUGGCGGACUAUGUCCAGAGCUCGGGAGAUGAUGGCAUUGUGGUGUUUUCAAUGGGCUCCAUGAUUAAAAACCUCACUAAAGAAAGAGCGAACACCAUCGCUGCAGCACUCGGCCAGAUCCCCCAAAAGGUUAUUUGGCGAUACACAGGUGAAAAACCAGAAACUCUUGCUCCUAAUACAAGAAUCUAUGACUGGAUUCCCCAGAAUGAUUUAUUAGGACAUCCUAAAACCAAGGCCUUCAUAACCCAUGGUGGGAACAAUGGAUUAUAUGAAGCUAUUUUUCAUGGAGUUCCUAUGGUUGGAAUACCACUGUUUUCUGAUCAGCCUGACAAUAUACAUCAUAUGAAAACCAAAGGAGCUGCAGUUAUGCUUGACUUCAACAAAAUGCAGACCGAGGACUUAAAGCAGGCUCUCGUUGAUGUCAUCAACAAUCCAUUCUACAAGGAGAACAUUAUGAGGCUAUCCCAAAUCCACCAUGACCAACCAAUGAAGCCACUAGACCAAGCCAUUUUCUGGAUCGAGUAUGUGAUGCGCAAUAAGGGGGCUAUGCACUUGAGGGUUGAAGCUCAUAACCUCAUGUGGUUUCAGCAGCACAGCUUGGACGUGAUUGCCUUUUUGCUUUCUGUUAUUGCUCUGGUUGUGUAUUUUGUAAAAACAUGCAGUUGGCUCUUCGGUAAAUGUUUCAGGAAGACCCCGGUAAAAAAGAGCAAGAAAAAGUAAAGUGCGGUGAAAUGUAUUAAAAAUGAUCAUGAUAAUACUGUUCAUACAUUUGCAUUAGAUGUACAUAAAAUGUUCUAGACUUUCAGAUUGUUUGCUCACAAUAUGUACAAGUUUACAAUUAGAAUCUCCAAAUGGAUGUAAGUAUCCUAAGUACUAUGAUUUAUUAUGGCUAUCAUGUUUUAUUAUAAUUUUUGUCACAAGACUUUGCUU